AUGGCGCUCUCAGCAUUCACCAAUUCUACUCUGUCUAUCAUCGCUGGUUCCCGAAACUUCUCAGUAGCAGUGGCGAACUCCCCGCUGCCAUACAUGAAAAACUACUUGGUGGACAUAACCCAGUUGCUGGUCCCGAUGCUCACCAUGCUUGGCUUCGUGCCUUUCGCGUAUGUAGUUAUCACUAUCGUUUUCUGGAGGGUCGACCAUAUCACGACACAGCUCAAGUUCAUGGGUAUGUCAGUACGCCAGCAGUACUUUGCCUUAUUCACCCAUCGUUUCGUCUUCGGCUUCUUACCUUCCUUAGCAGUACUGCUCAUUGCUGCUGGAGGUGUCGGCUCCGAUUUACUCGGUAACGGCGGACGUUGGUUGGCUUAUCUGCUUCUGGUCGUUACCACCUUCCUAGCACUGAUACCGGCAGCUAUGAUGUUGGCGCCUCUGUUCAAGUCCGGGAGGCAAGUCGCUGACUCCUUCCCCCUCAUGUGGAACUGCCUUUCCAUCAUCCCGUACAUCAUAGUGUGGAUUAUGAGCACCAACUCUAGCGAGAGUAGGAAGUGGCGGAAGAGUGGUAUGUCUUGUCGUAUUUUUUAUUAA